UCAAUGUCGACUCUAGCAAGUGCAAGACAAGAUUACUUACAACUUCUCCACAAACCACAACAUUGUUGGUAUUGGCAGCAACAAUUAGCAAAGGCUAAGGUUGAGGUUACACACACGUUGUUGGAACAGGUGGCACUGUGUCGUUGCUCUUGUUCCUUCCUUCCUUCCUUCCAAUUCCAUGGCAGCACUCUCAUGGCGACCCUUCAUCCUCUCACGCCUCACCGACCUCUCACCCAAUCCUCUCCACCCACCCAAGCCACCACCUCUCUUCCUCCGCCGCCGCCGCUGCUUCCUCACCUCCUGCUACGCCGAUGGGUUCUCGUCGUCCUCUUCUUCCUCAUCCUCUGACGAUGUCGUCUCCACCCGGAAAUCCACCUUCGACCGCGGCUUCACCGUCAUCGCCAACAUGCUCCGCCGCAUCGAGCCCCUCGAUAACUCCGUCAUCUCAAAGGGUGUCUCCGACGCCGCCAGAGACUCCAUGAAGCAGACCAUCUCCACCAUGCUCGGUUUGCUCCCCUCCGAUCACUUCUCUGUCACUGUCACUGUUUCCAAGCACCCCCUCCAUCGUCUUCUCGUCUCUUCCAUCAUCACCGGGUACACUCUGUGGAAUGCGGAGUACAGGAUGUCCCUGACGAGGAAUCUGGAUAUAGCAUCGCCCUGUGGUGCAAGAGAUUCGGAUUGUGAGAAACGUUCAGAGAUCUUGGAGGUUAAGGGUGGAGGAGAGGAUGGUGGGGAAAUUGAGGUUGCUUCUGAUUUGGGGCUCAAGGAUUUGGAAAAUUGCAGUAGUAGCCCGAGAGUGUUUGGAGAUUUGCCUCCUCAGGCUCUCAAUUACAUUCAGCAGUUGCAGUCUGAGUUGACAAAUGUGAAGGAGGAGCUGAAUGCCCGAAAGCAAGAAAUGAUGCAAUUAGAAUAUGACAGGGGAAUCAGGAACAAUUUGUUGGAAUAUCUCCGGUCUUUGGAUCCUGAAAUGGUGACUGAACUGUCUCGACCUUCAUCGGUAGAAGUGGAGGAUAUAAUUCACCAACUUGUUCAGAACAUAUUAAGCAGAUUCUUUGUGGAUGAUGCUAGUGGUAGCUUUAUGGAACAAUCAGUAGAAGGAAACAUAGACAAUCAUCCGGACAACGGUGAUGAGUUUAGUGAUACAGUAGGCACUUCUCGUGAUUACCUUGCAAAGUUGCUUUUCUGGUGUAUGUUGUUAGGUCAUCACUUAAGAGGAUUAGAAAACAGAUUGCAACUUAGCUGCGUCGUUGGACUGUUGUAGAUAAGAUGGUGGAAGGCUUGUAUAUUCUUUUCUUCCUCUUUUUCUUUUCAUUCCUCCCCCCUCCCCGUAAAUUCUUUUCUGUAAAAGUAGUAAAACUGAAAGUAUGGAAUAAUCUGGCGAAUGCCAUGCUUAUAGCGUUUUUUUGUCUUAUUGAUUACUCCAAGCCUUGAAAAAGCAUACAA